AUGGCAAAUCUGAACAUAACUGAAUGCAUCAUUUGCUUUAAUGAGUAUGAUUUCGAAACUCGAAAACCUUGCAUCGGAACAUGUGGUCACUCGAUUUGUGAGAGUUGCAAGCAUCUGAUGGUCACUUCAAAAUGUCCGCAGUGCAACCGAGACGAAGCAUUUGCAAUUACCACUAUCAAUUAUCAAGUUUUAGAGCUUAUGAAGCAAUUAAACAAUAUGCAAUCAGCAGAGGGAUCUACCACCAGACAGCUUUUAUCAGAAGAUUUGAGUGGUCUCGACGAAGGAACUUGUAGUGAAUGUACAUUAAGAUCACGAAAACUUCGGUUAUGUAUCACUUGUGCAGUGAGAGUAGGAAUUUUGAAAUUUGAGGAAAUGGGAAAGAAAUUUGUCUUGAAUAUCGAGAACGAUGGUGUAGAAGCCGCUCUGCAAAAAGCAAAAGAGAUAGCAAUCUGUGGAGAUUGUGCACUAGAUGGAGCUCAGCAUGAAGGUCACAGAACAAUGCAUUUGGCAGUUUUGAAGAAUGAUUUGGAAGAUUGCAUUCCGACUGUUAUUCAGGAAAAAAUGGAUCAGGUUCAGAUAAAUGCAGGCUCCGCUUUCGAUGAACUCAAGAAAAAGCUCAAAAUAUCAAUUGACUCAUUGAAAAUAUAUUUUGAACGAUAUAGUCUAUUGCCAGCCACCGAAAGGAAAAUACAUUUCAAUAACAUCGAAGCAAGCAUAGAGAAGAUAAAUGAUACAUUAUCAUUAGCCAGAGACGCCGUUAAAAGGCUCGAAAUGUUGAAUAGUGAGUUUGUCGAGAGUACGGAAGUUGUUGACAAUAAUAUGAAAGCAGUAACAAAAGCGUCCACGGCAUUCGCAAAUAUGGAACCAGUACUUGUCGCAGGUGAGCAUCUGAUCAAGUUCAGAUAUUACCACUACUGUAAACGAUCCAAGAAUGAACAACUUCUAUGUCUUGCAGAUCGCAAACAAAGUGCCCGCGAACCACUUCUCAUUGGUCUCUUCAAUCCAAAAGACAACGUUUGGACAUCACUCGGACGAAUACCGAACCCGAAAUCAAACUACGCUGUGGCCAGUAACAAAUCGCAAAUCUUUAUUAUCGGAGGAGUGAACAAUGGAUCAUGGCUUCAGAACGUUGAGAUGUAUGAUAAAAACAAAGACAGAAGAAGAGAUUGCAAAAAAUUAAAACGUGGUCGAACUCGUACAUCGGCAGGAUUCCAUAACAAUAAAAUGUAUGUCGCUGGGGGUUAUGAUAGCACUUAUAUGAGUUCUGUUGAAAUCUUUGACCCGGAUCAUGGAGAUUGGAGAGAUGGACCGUCUUUGAAACGAGCGCGGGCUGAUGGAGUCGUUGUGUCCUGUAAUGGAGAGCUUUUUGUUCUUGGAGGAUUCAAUGGUAAAGAAUAUGAGGAGAAGAUCGAAAAGUUAAACGAUCGAAGCCAACAGUUUGAAGAAGUUGGUGAAAUGCAAGGGAGUCGAGCUGGAUUUGCUGCAUGCGCAUUCCGUGGUAGAAUUUAUAUUGCUGGUGGAUGGAGUAACUCGAGUAAUACGUUGAGAUCUGUCAGAAGUUAUGACCCGAUGACGAACUCAUGGAGAGAUGAACCAUCGUUGAAUAAGGACAGAAAAUACUUUACACUUCAUGCAACGAGUAAAACAAUAUAUGCUAUUCGCGGGUGUGCCGAUAGUUGGAGUUUGAUCAACGAAGUGGAGAAGUUCGAUGCAGAUGGACAGAAAUGGGAUAUUAUCAAGUGCACGGAUAGUCGAAAUUCAUUACAGCCUGGUUAG